AUGGAUCCCGAUCGCGAUCGCCGCGUUGUGGCCUUGGCAAAUGCCGCCAAGGCCUACUCAAUCGCCGCCGUCACAGCCUACGAAGCUGAACGCCUCGGCGUCGGCCACCUCGGCGUCCACUCAGCUGUCGCUGCCGCUGCCGCCGCGUGCUACAAAGCUGUCGUCGCGUGCUGCGAAGCUGCAGCCGCCUGGAAAGCUGACGACGCGGCCUACCCAGCUGCUGCCGUCCCCGUCGCCUUCGCUGUCUCCAUCGCCGCACCCGUCCCCGUCCCCGUCGCCGUCUCCGUCCCCAUCGCCGCACCCAUCCCCGUCCCCGUCGCCGACCCCGCUACCGACCCCGUCGUCGUCCCCCGUCUUCAACCCCCCGCCGAUGCCGCCGUCGCCGAUCAUCCCCAUUUUAGCUUUUGUUAG